CGAAACUGCCCAAUCCUGGCAGGAAGUGACAGGUUGCUUAUUUACAAUAACAAAGUCUGAAGUUUAACAUUUAUUUAUUUAUUACAUUAAUGUAGAACAUGAGUUUACGAAAAUAUUCGAAAGAACUUUAGUUUAGUUGAAUGUUCGAUAAUACAGGUUUGACGUUAAAGCAUAUAAUUUACUUAUUAUGAUACAUUGCUAACAUCUGCCAAAAUUGAUAUCUUUAAAAUGAGACGAUCACAUUCAGGAGGGUAUGCGUACGAGCCGGUACCCAGUACAUCCGCUGCUUCCCUGGAAGACGAAAAUGAACGUGUUACAGACGAACUUCGAGACAAAAUCCAUGCUCUUAAAUCAUUAUCCAUUGACAUUGGUGCAGAAGUGAAAUAUCAAGAUAAAAUGCUAAAUGAAAUGGAUGAAGAUUUCGAAAGGACUAGAGGAUCUUUAUCAUCUUCAAUAUCGCGAGUAUUACGUUUGGCCAAAGGAGGACACAAUUGUUAUAUUAUUUAUAUUUUCUUGUUUUCGAUAGCAGUAUUUUUCGUUUUGUGGAUGGUUUUAAAACUGAAAUGAAUGCAACUAUUUUUAAUAAUAAUGUAAGAAACGGCAGAAUUUUUAUCAAAAUCAAUUUUUAAAUAUAUAUAAUGAUGAAUGUUUUAUUUACAAA